AUAGCAUUCGAAAUUUCAUGAGCAACAAUACUACAUAAAAAGUUAAUUAAACAAUUUAACCUUCAAUAGAGUAUAAGCAUUAUAAUGAAACUACUUAAUGUAUGAAAUUUUAAAUAAUGAAUAGAUAUAACAGAUAAUCUUAAACAGAAACAUGAAGAAUUAAAUUAGAAAUUUUAAGAACCUUAAGUUUAAGAAAAAUGGGGAUAAGCAAAAAAUAUAUUUUUUGAAAGAACUAAAGAAUUUGGAGUAAUUAUAAUCUCUAUUUUUUUAAGAAUCUCUCUUUAGACUAUAUUGUGAAAACUUUUGAAAUUACUAAAAUAACUUUCACAGAACUUCAUGGACUCUAUCAUAAAUGAUCAUUCGUAUUUAAUGUUCAAAAUUUUAUUUCAUUUUUAUUAGU